GGGAGUGCAACAACGUUGAAGAGACUUCGGUUCUUGCCAGCAGCCACUCGCAUUUCGUCCCCGCACUUGCUCGUCCGCACUUCUCGCGUUACUCGGCGAUCUCUCCGUUUUCUUCAGACGUAUCGAAAGCAUCGAUUUCAAAAACCCAGAGCAACUUUACGCACUCACGAAGACAUCUCCAGAUACCGCGGCGCAUAUUUCCGUUUUUCAUCGACAGAAGAAAGGAAAGAAAAUCAAAACUCGUUUCACAACAAAGAGGAAGAACCGGAAGAGGAGGCAAAUAACGGAAAAUCAACGCAAGACAUAUAAAAUAAAAGCUCGAGAAUGAGGGAGAUCGUUCAUCUUCAGGCCGGGCAGUGCGGAAAUCAGAUCGGAGCCAAGUUCUGGGAGGUCAUCUCCGAGGAACAUGGCAUCGACCCGUCGGGAAUCUACCACGGAGACAGCAACCUGCAGCUCGAAAGAAUUUCCGUCUACUACAACGAAGCCUCGGUCGCGACAUCGACCAAUGGCGGGAAAUACGUUCCCCGUGCGAUUCUUUUGGACUUGGAGCCCGGAACUAUGGAUGCCGUUCGUUCCGGUACAUACGGAAAACUUUUCCGUCCCGACAACUUCGUGUUCGGUCAGAGCGGAGCCGGUAACAACUGGGCAAAAGGUCAUUACACGGAGGGUGCGGAACUGGUGGACGCGGUCUUGGACGUCGUUCGAAAAGAGUGCGAGAACUGCGAUUGUCUCCAGGGUUUCCAGCUGACCCACUCCCUCGGGGGAGGCACCGGUUCCGGGAUGGGAACCCUUCUGAUUUCCAAGAUCCGCGAGGAAUAUCCAGACCGGAUAAUGAACACCUAUUCCGUGAUGCCGUCGCCAAAGGUUUCGGACACCGUGGUCGAACCUUACAACGCUACGUUGUCGGUUCAUCAACUCGUCGAAAACACCGACGAGACGUACUGCAUAGACAACGAAGCGCUUUAUGACAUCUGUUUCAGGACUUUGAAGGUCUCGAAUCCGUCGUACGGUGACUUGAAUCACCUCGUGUCAUUGACCAUGUCCGGCGUUACGACGUGUCUCAGAUUUCCCGGACAACUGAACGCGGAUCUGAGAAAACUAGCGGUCAACAUGGUACCGUUUCCAAGGCUCCACUUCUUCAUGCCCGGAUUCGCGCCGCUCACAUCUCGCUCCAUGCAGCAGUACUCGGCAUUGUCAGUGCCCGAGCUCACCCAGCAAAUGUUCGACGCCAAAAAUAUGAUGGCGGCCUGCGACCCGAGACACGGAAGAUAUUUAACCGUGGCGGCGGUUUUCAGAGGUAGAAUGUCGAUGAAGGAAGUCGACGAGCAAAUGCUCAGUGUUCAGAACAAGAACAGUCCAUAUUUCGUCGAGUGGAUACCGAAUAACGUGAAGACCGCGGUUUGCGAUAUUCCGCCGAAGGGGUUGAAAAUGUCGUCAACUUUUAUUGGAAACACGACUGCGAUUCAGGAACUGUUCAAAAGAAUUUCCGAGCAGUUCACCGCCAUGUUCAGGAGGAAAGCUUUCUUGCAUUGGUACACCGGCGAGGGUAUGGACGAGAUGGAGUUCACCGAAGCUGAAUCCAACAUGAAUGACCUCGUCUCGGAGUACCAACAGUACCAAGAAGCUACGGCGGAGGAGGACUUUGAACCAGAGGAAUGCGGCGAUGAUUUCGAGCCCUGCGAACAAGAGUGAAGACUCGCGAGAGCAACGUAAAAGUUAUACAUUAUUUCUUACAGCAAAACCAGAUACACACCGAUGAAAAAAAACAAAAAAAAAAUGAUUUGAUACGAACGUCCUAAUACACCUUAGUCAUAUUUAUACAUUAAACAUACAUUACUAUAAAUGCCUAUAAUAACGUAGUAUUUGCUACUUUUCUAAUUUUAUACUCGAGUAUAAUGUUGAUAUAGAUAUUAGAUAGAUAAACGAUGAGUAGAUAAACGGAUAGACGGAAGACUGAAAGAUGAAAAUUGUAAACAUUUGCUGUGUUGGCUUGGGAUUAGGAUAGGAUUUCUUUAAAAAACGAUUGUAUAUUAUCCCUUAUGCGAGCACCAAAGGCUCUAACCAAAAAUCUACUUGUGAUUAUUACACCGUAUGCAUAAAUACGA